UCUGACGCACCAUCGGAGAUGAGCAUCCCAGUCCCACAGGCUGUCAAGGCACAAUCUCUCCACAUCUCCCCCUCGGACCUCUGCGGUCAAGAAUUCAACGUCAUUUGUUAUUAAUCUGUUUACCGUGUCGCUUCGUUGUCUCGUAAUCCGUCAGAUUCAGCAUUGCGUUGGAAGGGAUGCCCACAGUUGCCAUCUCUUGGCUUGGAAUUUACUUCGGAGGUGAUUUCUGUAUCCGCAACAACUGUCAAGGAAAGUGAUUGAUCCCUGACUACUCUUAGGAAUCUUUUUGUUUUCGGGGCAUCCUGCAGGACAUUCUUCUAAGAUAAGUGGUUCAAAUUAAAGGUGAAGAGGGGUUGAAUUAGAGGGCUGCUGUGACAGGAGAUCGUUUGGAUGACGGACACCGAGAGGCUAUAGCUUUGCCACUGCAACGCGAAUUUCUGCGCCCUUGGAAUAUUCUGAUAGAGGAACUGUUAUAGAGUAGAAACAUUUUUUUAUUUUUCUCAGUACAGUAAUAAUCAAUACGACGAGUUUGGGCACUGCAGGGGCUGCUGCGGCUUUCGUGUCUGCUCUGUUUUGAAAUACAAUUUCCUUGACGGGCGGGCGUCUGAGCAUCCCGGACUAGCCCGACUUUGCGAUGCCCAAACAGUGAGGGCACGGUGGGAUCUCACUUGGUCACCCUGCACUGUAGCAUGGCUCCAGCCCGGAGGGACUGCAGCGGCUGGGAGAUGUUCCUCCCGACGGGAUGUCUGCUCCUCUCUGUUUUGCUAUUUCACCCUGCCCUGGCCAAGGUGUGUAACGACCGCACCAAACACGGACAGGACAACAGCUGGUUCGCCAGGGACGGGGAAAACUUGCCCAUCAUGGUGCUUAUGCCCAUGAACGAGUCGGCCCUGAUGAGCGGCAUCAGCCAGGGCAUCGAGCCCGCGGUCCAACUGGCCAUCCAGCACAUACGGGAGUCCAGGAAGUACUCGUUCUCACUCAUCACCAAAAUCUAUGACACCGAGUGUGACAACGCCAAGGGGCUGAGGGCCUUCUUCGAUGCCAUAUGCUACGGCCCCAAACACCUGAUGAUCUUCGGCGGCGUGUGCCCUUCAGUGACCUCCAUCAUCGCAGAGUCUUUGGAGGGCUGGAACCUGGUGCAGCUUUCCUUUGCAGCAACAACUCCAGUCCUGGCAGAUAAGAAAAAGUACCCAAACUUCUUCCGCACCGUCCCAUCAGACAACGCCGUGAACCCUGCGGUGGUAAAGUUCCUCACCUUCUACAACUGGAGCCGUGUGGGGACGCUCACUCAGGAUGUACAGAGGUUCUCCGAGGUGAGAAAUGAUCUAACAAGUGAGCUGGAGAAAGCAGACAUCCAGAUUGCAGAUACGGAGAGUUUCUCCAACGACCCAUGUGUCAAUGUCAAGAAGCUCAAGGACAACGAUGUGAGAAUCAUCAUUGGCCAGUUUGACGAGAAUCUGGCCUCCAAAGUCUUCUGCUGCGCGUAUAACCUCAACAUGUUUGGCAGUAAAUACCAGUGGAUUAUCCCCGGCUGGUACCAGGGCAACUGGUGGGAGCAGGCCAACAGCACCAACUGCACCACCAAGAAGCUGCUCACAGCCAUGGAGGGAUACAUCAGUGUGGACUUUGAGCCGCUCAGUGCUCGCCAGAUAAAGGGCAUCUCAGGCAGAACCCCGAAGGAGUAUGAGAGGGAGUACAGCCGGGAGCUUCAGCAGAAAGGUGUGGAGUCCAGCAAGUUCCACGGCUUUGCCUACGAUGGGAUCUGGGUCAUCGCUAAAACUUUAACUCGAGUGAUGGAACUGCUCCGGGUAAAACAGCGGCAGAACACCUUCCACAACUUCACUGUGGAUGACCGCGAAGUGGGGAAAAUGGUGCUGGACGUCAUGAACGAGACCAACUUCUUUGGUGUCACGGGCCAAGUCAUGUUUCGGAACGGAGAGAGAAUGGGCACAAUCAAAUUCAACCAGUUUCAAGAGGGCAGGGAGGUGAAGGUGGGAGAAUACAACGCCAUUGCUGAUGUGCUUGACCUCAUCAACAACUCUAUUAGGUUCCAAGGCGUGGAGCCUCCCAAGGACCGUACGUUUGUGCGUCUGCAGCGGCGCCACAUCAACGUGCCGCUCUACAGCAUCCUGUCCACCAUCACCAUACUGGGCAUGCUCAUGGCGGGGGCCUUCCUGUUCUUCAACAUCAAGAACCGCAACCACAGACUAAUCAAGAUGUCCAGUCCCUACAUGAACAACCUGAUCAUCCUCGGAGGAAUGCUCUCCUACGCCUCCAUCUUCCUGUUUGGCCUGGAUGGAGGUUUUGUCUCGGACAAAGAGUUUGAGACCCUCUGCACUGUGCGGACAUGGAUCCUCAUCGUCGGAUACACGACAGCUUUUGGCGCCAUGUUUGCCAAGACGUGGAGGGUGCACGCCAUUUUCAAGAAUGUGAAGAUGAAGAAGAAGAUCAUAAAGGACCAGAAGUUGUUGAUCAUCGUUGGCGGGAUGCUGCUCAUCGACUUAUGCAUCCUCAUUUGCUGGCAGAUUGUGGACCCGCUUAAGAGGACUGUGGAGGAGUACAGCUUGGAGGCGGACCCCCAAGGCCGAGACAUAGCCAUCCGUCCAUUCUUGGAGCACUGUGAGAACACCCACAUGAGCAUUUGGCUGGGCAUUGUUUAUGCCUACAAGGGACUGCUAAUGUUGUUUGGCUGUUUCUUGGCAUGGGAGACCAGGAAUGUGAGCAUCCCCGCUCUCAAUGACAGCAAAUACAUCGGGAUGAGUGUCUACAACGUGGGCAUCAUGUGCAUCAUCGGUGCUGCUGUGUCCUUUCUGACCAGGGACCAGCCCAAUGUCCAGUUCUGCAUCGUGGCCCUGGUGAUCAUCUUCUGCAGCACCAUCACGCUCUGUCUGGUCUUCGUUCCCAAGUUCAUCACCAUGAGGACCAACCCAGACGCAGCCACCCAGAACCGGAGGUUACAGUUCACCCAGAAUCAGAAGAAGGAAGACUCCAAGACCUCCACCUCCGUCACCAGCGUCAACCAGGCCAACACCUCGCGCCUGGAUGGCCUUCAGACUGACAACCACCGCCUCCGCAUGAAGAUAACUGAGCUGGACAAGGAGCUGGAAGAAGUGACCAUGCAGCUGCAGGACACCCCGGAGAAAACCCCCUACAUCAAACAGAACCAUUACCCUGACGCCAACAACAUCCUCAGCAUACGCAACUUCACAGACGGAAAAGAUGGAGAGAAGUCGAUACUGAAGAACCACCUGGAGCAGAAACCUCAGGCUCAGUGGGGCUCCAUGGAUCCUUCCAGAAUAAACAGAGGUCCCCUGGAGGAUAUCAACUCCCCCGAACACAUACAGCGCCGCCUCUCCUUGCAGCUUCCCAUCCUGCACCACGCCUACCUGCCCUCCAUAGGAGGGGUGGACGCCAGCUGCACCAGCCCCAACGGCAGCCCUGGUUCCAGCCCGCGGCACAGACACAUGCCCCCCUCUUACCGGGUGAUGGUCUCUGGCCUGUGAGCUUCCUUCACCCCCCCCCCCACCUGGCUCUUUGCAGAGGAGACAUAUAUGGUUCUUUUUUUCUACAACAAAUAGACUGAUAUCAUCAGCGUUCGUGCGUAUUUUGUCUCGCAACAAGGAGGACUGGGGGAGAAGAGAGGAAGGUGGGGCCGAGUUUCACUCUUCAUACUUCUCUUCACCCCCGCCUCUCUUGAGAACUGGAACCCUCAGUCAGGAAGGGGUGGGAGGAGACAGAGUGGGCACUGGAUGACACUAACAAACUCCCAUGAUUCACAGCAAUGUCCCCCUUGUUCAUCUGCUCCCCUUGUCCAGGCAUAUUCACAUAUGCACAGUCAAACACAAACAUAUAUACAUAUGCACAAACACACUGACCCCCGAUCAGAGCAGCGUGGACUCCCUGACCUGUGUGUAGCCUUAUCUGCUUCAGAGGGGACCGCCUGUUUCUGCUCCUUAUCUGUUGUUCGUAUGACUCGUCAUCUAACUGAGUAUUUCACCGCUUCAGUGACUAUGAGAAGACGUGGAAUUUACAAAAACCCAACAAAGGAAAAUCAUCCAAUUUACUCCCUGAUCCCUUCCCGUUCUUGUGGAGACAUGUAAAUACUAUAAUUUCUGACUUUGAUGUACUGUAAGCUUUGUAUAUGCUGUGAAUGGACAAUUAAAAGGGGUUCUAUGUGUAGACCUUGUGAGAGAGGCAGGCAAUCAUGACAAGGCAACCUACAAAGAAAUAGGCUUAUGAAAGAGAUCUGAAUCGGUUUGUGUUACUGUUUAUAGAUUAGCUUAUGGGCAGCAAAGUAAGAUACAUCUAAACUUGUGAGUCACUGAACAGGAAGAGGCACCAGAGGCCUGUUGCUCUAACACAUGGCUCUUUUUUCCCACUUUGCUAAAUUUGCACCACUGGUUCCAUCAGAGGUUUCACAUCAAACUUUACAUAGACCUUUCAUAUUUUAAAAUAUGCUUAAUAUGUCCUCGGAAAGCAUGUUAUACAGAAUAUUGAUGCUUUGCCUUUUAACAGGUCUCCCAGGCUGCAUAUGUUAGAAAAUAGAGCUAUGAGGCACUGCAAGAGUGUUCCACAGUUAUUAUUUAUGUGUGUUAUAUGCCAAGAAAUGCACACAUUCAGAUGAACACUUAAGAGAGCACCUUAUUCACUCCGGUGCUUUUCAGACUGGCCUGGUCAUAUUGACCCCCACAGAGGGGUCUCUAUAGACUGUUGGGAUGUCCCUCUGAUCGAGCCCUCACAGCUAACCAGCACAGACACGGGGGACGGGGUCACGACAAGGAAAUACCACUGAAGAAGUGAUGCUGGAAAGGAUGUAGGUCUACCAGUUCCACAACAAGUUUGGAUGAAAUGGCUGACCUGAAUUUCCACGAGUGGUAGUGAAGACGAUGAACGCCCCAAGUCGGUGAAGACACCACUGCUGGUCACAGUGAAAGAGCAUAAAGCACAGACACAGGGCUUUCUGUCGUAUUGAGUGUCAAGAAAAAUCACUUCACACUUAGCAACAGUGAACAUACCUCAGUUGCUAUGGAGAUGUUAUUCAGUGCCGUUGAACUGGGCCCAAAAAGGCUGCACUGAGCAAAACAGUCGUCGACACGGUGUCGUCUUUUUUUCUUUUUUGUAAAACUGUCCUCAUGCAGGAGAAAAGCAAACAGGGCCUCCGGACAAAAAAAAAAAAAGGACUUUCUAUAGAGUGUGAGAAGGUUUGUUCUUAGCAUAUGUUUCACCAUUGGUGUCUUGGUUUUUAGUUUUUAAGGCGUUUGUUGAACGCUGUGCCUGUUGUCUUAUUGUAGCCUGCAGGACCCACAGUACAUUAACAGGGGGAGACCCAGAGAACUACAACACACAUCUGUAAACUGAACAGCGUGUCAUAGGUCUAUUUAAAUUAAAUGCCUCAAUGCAUGGGACAGAGUGGGAGGACUUGGCCAAACUCCACUUCUGCGAGUCGAUGUCUGAUCAGAAACACUGUCUUCAGCUGUAAGGCAGGAUACAGAGUCGGAGUGAAGCUGGCAGACGUCCACCUGCUGUCGGACAUAUCAGGGUGACUUCCCCUCAGAGCUCCUCCCCUUCCAGCCCCUGCUGAGCACAGGAGCAGGGAAACCCCGAGCACAGACCUCCCAGGAGUCACGGCUUCUCCCGCACCUUUGCCAACAGAGAAUCACGAGUCACUUGAGAAGCGAGUGCGAGACAUUGUCAGAGGGUUGGAUCUUCCUACGGGAGAAGAAAACCCAACUGCACAUUUUAUAUAUUACAUUAUAUGUGAUUGUGUACAAUUUGCUGAUACCCCGAUGAUGGUGUCCAUGUAUGGAAUAUUUGGUAUUUGGCUUUCUCAAGACGGCAUGAAAUGAAAUGUAUAAUUCACAGAGGUAACUCUGUUUUUUGAAAACUGUCGUGACAAAUCCACUCUGUCGUUUCAUCCUCUCACCUACGAUUUGGAUUUUUAAGUUAACCUGUUGAUCAGCUCACACGUGUCAAUGCCAAGAUUCUCAGUGGACAAACUCGACAUCAUAUCGACUAUGCUACUGGUUUAGCAGUUAUUCACUGAGGGCAAUAAAGUGAAAGUAGUAGCAAACGAUCAAUCCUAAUAACCCACUCCUGGCAUUUACCAAAAUUACAAAAUGACGUUUUUUUUAGUCCAUCUAAAAUGCCAAAUGCAGAUCAUCAGGUAUUGUUCUGUUUUCUGUUAUAUGUGCCCUGGUUUUUUGCUUCUUCUUUUAUUAAGAUUCAUUUCCAACUUUUUUUCAACAUUGAUGAAAAAUCGUUCAAAUGCAAUCGUGGUAGGUCAAGGGCUCAUCAUUUCCUGUAAUGAAUCAUGACGAUGGUUUGUAUUUGCUACAGGUCUUUUUACCUUUUCAGUUUUCAGAACCAAGUGACAUAUAUACGUAUUUAAUUAUAUCUUU